UCAAUUAUUUACCAAUACAGAACCCCGUAUGUUACCCCUUAGCGAUACUUCAUUUUGAUUGGCUAAAAGAUAGCGUCCCUUUUGUGAAAGAUAAUCCUGAUAGAAGUCUAAGAUCACAGAAAAUAUUUUUAUUGCAAAAGUUUUGUUUUCGCCAAUUUAUUACGGUUUAAGAGUUGCUGCAUCGUUUGAGGUUUGCAGUUCUACGUUAUGUGAGCGGAACAGGACUUCUACAGGUAAAACAUGACAUAAAACUGAGAUUUGUUUUGUUUCACGCACAGCCGAGUGUGACCGCCAUACUGAACUCUGUCUUUGUUUACAAACAUGACGAAAGUUUUAGUGGUUGGCCACAGUUUCAUACGUCGUCUCGAACGAUCAUUGGGGCAAAUUGAAGGAUGUAUCAAUAAUUUGGGAUUAGAUUCAUCUUUAUGUACAGUGUAUUUCUAUGGAAUUAGCGGUGGAAAGUUAGAUACACUGGAAGUUGACUCUUUGUUAUUUGAGAAGCUACGGGCAUACAGACCGGACAUUAUCGUGAUUCAGCUAGGUGGGAAUGAUAUGUCCAUUAAAGCAGUCAGACCAGAAGUCUUUCCAUGCAGACUAGUAGACUGGGUUCAAUCUUUGACUGAACAAUUUUGCUUCAUAAAAAACAUUGUGGUUUGUGAACUUUUUAUUCGCACUAAACCAAGACAGGUUAGUGUUGAAUUAUACGAGUUUAAGCGAGGCAUUGUGAAUCGAAUGUUAAAGGACAUGUUGGAAGACCAUCCUAACCUCACAUUUUGGCGUCAUUUGCGGCUGAUGCAAAGUCCCUUGGCUAUUUUAAGUGGGGACGGUGUUCCCCUCUCUGUGAUAGGGACAAAGAAGUUUUAUAGGAGCCUUAGAUUAGCCGUUCUUCAUGCUAUACGAUCUUAAUCAUGGGCCCAAAGAAGAAGUCCGCUGGCACUGAGCCUCCAGCUAAGCGGAGAAGGACUGCGCAAAAUGGCAAUGCUACAAACAUUCUAAGUGCAAGUGACACUACAAAUAGUGAUAUAAUUCAAUCCUUAACUAAAAACAUUACAAGUAAUAUUAUGGCAGAAUUACAGAAGGUCGGAGUUCUUCCUACACAGAAUCCACAAGUGGAGCAAGCAGGAGGUCCAGAUCAAGACAAGCAGCAACGAUUUGAAAGAAAUACCAGUGGUACAAUGCUGCAAGGUGAACAGAUACCUGCAUCAGCAGUUUUGGAUUUGGAAAGACAGCUACCAAAUACACAGGGUAAUCAAUCCGAAUAUAAACCUUUGGGGAUACCCCUUCACACUUAUGUUACGACAAAACUCAAAGAGAAGAUUCUAUCAAAUGAGUUUGUGCAAAUGAGUGAUAUUUUAGAUCCUCCCACAGAGCUGGAGUUUGUUGACAUUCAUUUGUCAGUGAAAGACAAAGGAAAAGUUGGGCUAUCUUCUAACAAGAAGAAGAAAUUUGUCACUAUUGAGGAGUGGACUGAUGCUUUUAAUAUAUUUAGUUCAGUUUUAAGACAGGGCAGCCCAGAUAAUCGAGAUCUUCCAGAGUCGUUAUCAGUGUACAUGCACUUGAUUAGAUCUAUUCAGAAAGAUGGGGGGGGACUGGUUUCAUUAUGAUGUAACAUUUAGGAAGGCCAGACAAGGGGACUUGACAAUGUCUUGGAGGCAUGUCGAUCAAGUGUUAUAUAGUCGUGCCCUUAUGAAAAAGUUGGGGGGUCCAAUCAUUCAUAGCCAGAAUACAAAAAACAGCUUUUUCGUCCCCAUUGUUUCAGAUACAAUGAUGGGAAGUCCUGCAACAGUCAGUGUAAAUACCCACACAUAUGCUCUACCUGUUUCAAACCCCACCCCAAAACCCAAUGUUGGAGGGGCCGUGACAAAAAGUCUGCAAGUGGGUCACAGCCUCCUAAAAAAGACUGAGUGUCUCUCCCAACUACCCACUCCUGUAAACCCUGCAAAACUAGCUCAAUAUUUAAUUGGAUAUGACAAGACAAAAACUAAAUAUCUACUAGAGGGGUUUAGAAAUGGUUUUCAUCUAGAAUUUGAAGGAAAAAGAGGGUUUCAGCUCAGUUCAAACCUUAAAUCUGCUCUUGAAAAUAAGGAGGUUGUUACUAAAAAAAUUGCUAAGGAAUUAAAGGAAGGUCGCAUAGCAGGUCCAUUCUCUGAACUACCAUUUAAGUCCUUAAAGAUUUCUCCUCUAGGUAUAGUACCUAAGAAAACACCUAAUCAAUUUAGAAUGAUACAUCACUUGUCUUAUCCCACGAAACAGGAAGGUUCAGUAAAUGCAGGAAUCUCUGAUGACUCAGCUGCAGUCCACUAUGCUGGAAUCAAUGAUGCUGUAGGUUUUAUUAAAGAACUUGGUAUAGAUGCAUUUUAUUGCAAGACAGAUAUUCGGUCUGCAUUUAGAAUCCUUCCAGUAUAUCCAAAGGACUACGAGCUAUUAGGUUUUAUGUGGGAGGGUAAAUACUACUAUGAUAGAUGUUUACCAAUGGGCUGCAGAACUAGUUGCAAGAUUUUUGAAGAAUUUAGCUCAGCAAUAGAAUGGAUUGCAAGAAAUAAGUUAGGAAUGAAUGCUGUGGUUCACAUAUUAGAUGAUUUUCUGUUCAUUGAAAGAUCUAAAUUUUCAUGUCUCCAGAAAUUCAACGAGUUUCUCGAUGUUUGUGGGGAUAUGGGUAUUCCACUUGCAGCAGAUAAGACUGUGCUUCCUACUCAGGUUAUUGAGUUUGUUGGAAUUGAACUUGACGUUAGGCUCAGAGAAACUAGGUUACCUUUGCAUAAGAUUGAGAAAUGCACACGGUUACUUCAUUCAUUUAUGAGUAAGGAUAGGUGUACGAUUAAGGAAAUGCAAUCAUUGAUAGGUACGUUGAACUUCGCUUGCUCAGUCAUUCUGCCAGGUCGUGCAUUCCUCAGACGCUUUAUCAAUCUUUUGAUGAAUGUUUCAAAGCAUCAAAAUUCAUUACAAUAAGUAGAGAAUGUAAGGACAUGUCUAUGUGGCUAGCUUUUCUAAAGUGUUAUAAUGGAAAAACAAUGUUUUUAGAUGAAAACUUUCUGUCUAGCAACACUUUACAAUUACAUACCGAUGCGGCAGAGUCAAAGGGUUUUGCAGGAAUUUAUAAAACGCAAUGGUUUUAUGGUAGUUUCCCAGAGGACUGGAAGAAAUUGAAUAUCAUGACAUUAGAGUUUUAUCCGAUAGUUAUUGCAGUCAAUUUGUGGGGUAGAUUAUUUGCUAAUCACUCUAUUUUGUUCUUCACGGACAAUGAAGCCUUAGUGUCAAUGAUCAAUAGGCAAACAAGUAAAGAUUCAGUAGUAGUACAGAUGGUCAGAUAUCUGGUUCUUCAGUGUUUGCAUUAUAAUAUCAUAUUUAGAGCAAAACAUAUCCCUGGAAAACACAAUAAACUGGCAGAUAGUCUUUCUCGGUUGCAGGUUCAAGAGUUUCAGAAGCUGGCACCACAUGCUCAACCAGAACCAUCAGUGGUACCAGAAGCUCUGAUGCCUCAAAACGUUUGGAAUACAUUGAGCAACUUACAAAAGCAGCCAUAGCACCAUCCACUAAGGCUACGUAUAAUAUAGCUUGGAGGACGCUACUGUCUUUUUGUAGUAAAUAUGGAAUGUCUUGUGAACUACCCCUGAGCACUUCGCUGGUAACUCUCUUUGUAGCUCAUCUUUUCUCCGACUCUUUUUCCCCUAGGUCCAUUUCAACAUAUUUAUCAGCCCUUGCUUAUGUUCACAAAGUGCUAAAUUACCAAGACCCAACGCAAGCAUUUGUUAUACAGAAGUUAGUUUCAGGGGCAUAUCGUUUGGGCAAUACCUUUGAUAUACGUUUACCCAUCACACCUCAUAUUUUAAACAAUCUGCUUUCGUGUAUACCACAAGUCAUUCAUGAGGAAUACAAAAGAAAAAUGUUUCGAGCUAUGUUCUUAUUUGCAUUUUCUGCAUUUGCACGCAUUGGGGAAAUAGUAAGUUCAGAUGGACAUACAGAUGAUGUCAUUCAGCUUUCAGAUGUUACUUUCACUCAGGGGGCAGAAAAAUUUAAUCAGGUCAAUGUCUGCUUUAGGAAGUUUAAACAUAAUUCUUCAGGUCAGCCUAAGUACAUAUCAUUCUCACAUGGACCAUGCCAAAUUUCUGCCAUCGAUUCCCUUGUUCAGUAUUUGAAUGUUAGGAAAAACAAUGAAGGUCCACUUUUCAUUUUAAAUGGGGGUUUACAGCUGACUAGGAGUGUAUUUCAUAAGACCCUACAAAAAUGUUUGCUUUGCUGUGGCUUGGACAAAGGUCACAGUUUUAGGAUAGGUGCUGCUACGGUGGCUGCACAGAAUGGUUGCAUAGAUGCGCAAAUUAGAUCAGUGGGACGCUGGCAUUCAAAUGCAUUUCAGAAAUAUAUCCGAUCAAAUAACAUACCUAGCAAUAAGUAAUAGUAAAUUUUGUCAGAACCCUUGUUUGGCCUAUGAUUGUGUAUACCUGCUGGGGCCGGUAUAUGCAUUGGUACAAUAUGACACUUCUAUUUAACCAUGUUACUAGCUUGGGCCAGUAACUAGUGCAGUUUUCAUGUACGGAUUAACAGUCUUUUACGUGUUACCUGCUGGGGCCGGUAAUGCAGUUGAAGUUCAUUAUAUGUAUAUCAUCAUACUGUUGAAUUAUGUUUUGAGUUAUGAUCUUUUAAGAGUUAACCUGCUUGAGCUGGCAAUAUUAUUGAAAUUAAAUUGUAUGUACAUAUCAAAGGUUCGCAUGUUAUCUGCUGGGGCCGGUAACAUUAUUUUUCUUAAGAUUAGUUUAAAAUACAUGUACAUUUUAUAUUAUAUCACAAUAGCCAAGAUCUUUGGUACAAUGUGCUUUUUACCGGAUAAGGUUAUGGAUAGUUUUUAAGUUUCUUCUAACUUGUUAAUGGAUGAUGUGAUGGCAAUGGCUUUGGUGGGGUCGUUUCAAAGACCAUAAUUGGCAUGAUCUUUUCAACUUGUGGGUAAUGGACCCCACCUUUGCCCAUUAUUGGAUUGUUGUUAAAUAUUAAUAAUAUAACUUCUUAUUUGUUAGUCCCAUAUACAUGUUACCUUGAUUAUUAUUUGUUUUCUUGACUUACAUGGAAUGCCAGUAAUAGAUAUGUAUUUUAUAUGUGUAAAUGUUACUUCGGUCUGUCAGUUUUUCUGGAAAAAUUCAGGGUAAUUGUAAAUUUAAGUAUGUCCAUUGUCUAAAGAGAAAGUAAGCUUUUGUAUAUUUAUGUUUUGAAUUGCUCGAGUGCAAUUUUGUUAUUUGUUUUGUAUUUGUUUUAUUCACAUGUGUAUUGGAUAGUUGCAUGUAGUCCUAGAAAUAUUUUUUGGUAGUUAUAUAUAGAAAAAUUGUAAACUCAAAAACAACGGUC